CUGAGCCGGCGAUUAGUGCUGGCUCGUUUCGGAGGUGAGACAGAUCGUGCGGUAUUAACGCGACAGUUAUCGUGAAGAAAGCGUCAACGAAAUACAACUAAAAUAACCGGACGGGCUAGUAAAGAAUGAAAUACGUUUAGCUUUAAAUUCAGUAAACCGAUAUUCGUCUCGAUGAGGUGGACAGGAAGUGCUCGGAUUUCCCGUCAAAAUUUUUAUAAGGAAUAGGUGCUUUUUACGAAAAAUUAUGGAUAAUUUCCUUAUCAAUCCGCGGGAAUGCGCGGCUAAUCUGUGGAUGUUUUUGCGCCAAGACAACUGCCAAAGGCUUGUGAAAAUGACUUGAAGUCUGACAUUCUUCAAGACUUUUUGUAUAUAAAUGCACGGACCUCGCCUACGAAGAAAAGGUGGUUGCUGACAAGAGGAACCUCAGGAUCUACACUUAAAAUGGUGCCAUAUUAUUUUUAUUUAUUGGGGGCCGUGAUAGCUCUCAUAUCAGCCAUAGACCAGUGCUACGGCCAGGAGGACGGCCUGGAAGUUCUCUACGAGUGGCGGUCGGCCGAUUAUCUAUGGCCAAGCGAGAGCGCCCGUGACGAGGCCAUCAAACGGAAACAAUACAUCCCCGGGAACAUCGUUCUUUUGGAUGUUGAUCAAUACGAUCCGAUGGUUCAUAAUGUAGUUUGUAAGGAGAAACCGACGUCUCAUACAUGUGCCAAAAUCAAAAAGAGGACUUUCGUCACCUCGCCUAGAGUCAAUCGUGGUAUUCCAGUCGUGCUGUCAACCAUUAGUGAUCGAGUUCGCAACGGCCAACAUUUGCUGAAGCCUUUCCCGGAUUGGCACUAUAAUCGGGAGGGCAACUGCGAUGGCUUGACCAGUGUUUUCCGAACUCAGAUCGACGAGUGCGGAAGACUCUGGGUGCUCGAUGCAGGAGUCGUGGAUUCGUUCGCCGAACGGCCACGGAGAAUCUGCCCACCACAAAUUCUAGUCUUUGAUUUAAAUGCAGGGGAUAAAUUGCUAGGUAGGUACCCGCUGCCGAAAAAUUUACUGGAGUCGGACUCUCUGUUGAUCACUAUCGUGGUGGAUGUGAGGGAUGGACAAUGCAAGGACGCUUUCGCGUACAUGGCCGACGUGGUCGGGUUCAAACUCCUGGUGUUCGAUCUACGUCGUGAAGCGUAUCACCGAGUCGCUCACAACACUUUCUACCCCUAUCCUGACCACGGGGACUUCAACGUUGCCGGCACUUCUUUCCAGCUUAUGGAUGGUCUAUUCGCUCUCACCCUUGGGCCUGUCGAGCUUGACGAUCGACGGCUUUACUAUCACAGCUUCGCGAGCGUGCGGGAGGGUUGGGUGAUGACGUCGACGCUGAAGGACCGCGCGGCGUUCCUGAAGAACGAGCGCUCUCACCCGACUUCCUUCUUCACCUUCGCCAAAGAGCGGGUCGCUCAGUCCGGGCCCGAAGCCAUGAACAAAGAAGGAGUUCUCUUCUUCUCCCAAGUCACGCUCAACGCAGUCGCCUGCUGGAACUCAAAACUAGAAUUUAAGCCCGAAAACCUUCCUGUGGUUGCCAAGAAUGACGUCACGAUGCAGUUUCCCUCCGGCCUGAAAGCGAUCAAUGACGAGAUCUACGUGCUGACCUCCCGGCUGCAGAAGUACCUGGACGGCUCCCUGGCCAACAACGAGAUCAACUUCAGGGUGCUGCGCGGCUCUCAGCCGGCCCUGAUCCAGGGCUCCGUGUGCGACACCAGGUCUGCUCCUUCUGCCUCUGGCUCCAUUGUUUACCCUAGCGAAUUCGUAAAACCCGUCUACGAAUCGGGCUCCGAAAAAUCCACAACUUCGGCCACCCGUCGAGACCCGCCGGCCUCGACUUACGGCUGAGCUUAAAACUCUGCUUAACAGCCGCUUUAGAGUAAUUUAGUUGCUUGCAUAAUUAGCUGUUAAGGUUUCGAACGGUGUUGUCGUGAUUAAGAUUGAAGGGAGAAUAUUGUACGUAUUUCUGUCUAACGGGGCUAAGUGAAACGCUGAACGCUGGAACAGAGAAGUAAAAGAUCUUUUCAAGACAUGGAGGACACAACUGAUGAUCUCUUUGACAAAUCUCUUAUAUUUUUCUACCUUUGCGUUUAAGUCUCUGAGUAUAAAUUGGACGUAUUUCUGGCAAAUGGAACUAAGCGCCAAUUUGAGUUCCUUUUGAGGAAUUUAGAAUGCCGGAUAGCGCGUUCUGCCGAGCGGAAUGAAGCGCCGUGGAAAAGCAUUGCGAGUAUAGGACGGAAUGAGCCCGACGCCCGGUUCCGCCGCCAAUCAAAGCCCCCCUCUAUCUUCCUCCCCCUAUGGCGCUUAGUUCCGUUUGACAGAAAUACGUCCAAUGAAAGUCGCAGGUUGUUAACGGGAUAAAAAUGAAAUAUUUCCGGUGAGCUCAGAAAAAACGCCGGAAUUUUCAAUCAUGAUGUGACGGUAAUGAGUAGGUACUUAUUUUUUACGGCCAGUGAUUGAUUCUAGCGCAAAGGCCACGGAGGGUUAUUCGAUAUUUGAGAAAAGUAUGAAAAUCCCGCAAUUUUUUAAUACAUUUAUUUACUCUUAUGAGUUCAUUUUUCAAUAUGCAUUGUUUGCAACGUAUUACCCCUCUUUUUUUCCUCUGGACACAUAAAUCCAGUAAAACCUUGCGUUUUCGCGUGCGACACGAAGAGAGGUUAAAUUUUCAGUCAAAAGCGUGAUCGAAAUUAACAUAAUUUCGCGGGUCGUACCGAGAGCACUCAAAAAUAUGAAAGUACAACAUAUUACUUCCUCUUCUUCUCCCUUUUUUAAAUAUUAUUUUUAAUCCUGAUCACGACAGCUUCAGGCAAUUACCUUUUCAGCACCAAUUUGAGUAACAAGAUUAGAAUGAUUUUGAACGAUUUUCCGGAAAAUCCGUACGUGA